AUGCUGAUUCGAUACGUCUCUAGUGUCGGUGAUAUUGUUGAUCUCAAGGUCAACGGUGCCGUUCAGAAGGGUAUGCCACACAAGGACUUCCACGGAAAGACCGGCGUCGUAUACAACGUCACCAAGUCCGCCGUUGGUGUCAUAAUCUACAAGCGCGUCGGUAACCGAUACAUCGAGAAGCGAGUGAACGUCCGCAUCGAGCACAUCAACCACUCCCGAUCCCGAGAAGAGUUCCUCAACCGUGUCAAGGAGAACGCUGUCAAGAAGCGCAAGGCCAAGGAGGAGGGUGUCCAUGUCCACUUGAAGAGACAGCCCGUCGGUCCCCGUGAGGCCAGAGUAGUGAGCCUGGAAGGAAACGCCCCAGAGACCCUUGCUCCUCUUCCAUACGAGACGACCAUUUAA